AUGCGUUGCGAAUGUUUUGCUCUGAUUGUAAGUCAGAGGCCGAUACGGAAUUAUUUAAUAAAGGCCUUCUGAAUCGCUUUCGCUGACUUUGGCGCUUACUCGUUUUACUUUUGCCCUGAGGGGGUGGGCUUAAUCGGAGGCCGGGAGCUAAAGCUUGGGCGAUUUCCUUUGUUUUUCAUUGCUCAUUACUCUUCUUUUACUUCUCUUUUCAAGUAAAAACUGUAUUCUUUUAUCUUCAAAUUACCGCUUGUAAUUAAAUACCCGCGUAUUUUCGGCCCAUAUAAGGUUACAUGGCGCAUUAUGUGUAUAAUAGAGAUCUUGAAUCUCUCUCUUCUCCUCUUCGAGCCAUGAUUUUACAUUAUUUUCGAGUAGAAAAGAGUGAUGAUUCAUUUUUGUUACGAUCAAAGACAGCUUUUCUUAUUUUCAAUGGAAUGAUUGCCAUAAAUAAAAACAGCAAUCACUUCAAGGUCUAUGGCAUUGUUAAUUUAAUUCAAAAAAUGUGCCUUUUAAUCAUCAAGUUCUUCCAUUUUUUGCUUUGCAGGACUCAAGAUAAUACAAAAUCGAACAGCCGUUCCUUCCCGGAGUUUUUCAAUCCUCUUUUUUUGACAUUUUCUGAAUGUUUUUGAAAUUACGAACCUCUCUUUCACACGAAAAUACAAACUAUAUUAUACUUGGUCAUCAAAAAAUCAAGUAUAAAUACCAAGACCUUUAUCAUCAUAGCUCAGAAAUGCAAUACUUUAUACUUACAAUUAAGCUAUUACUCUCACUUUGCCAAUAUUUCCUGACAUUUAAGUCCGUUAUGCUUUACUCGUGUCAUUGUUUUAGUCUUCAGUUUCCUGUAAUACAACCUUUUUUAGCCAUUAAUGGGAGUGCAGAUGGAUCAGAUGAAUGGCCUGGUGAAUGGGACCCUCAGUGCAGACAUAGACAACUUUGUUUGUCUUCGCUGUGGUGAGGGAUUUGGGCCGACGGAACAGAUUGUCAACUCGAAUGGACAGGUCUGGCAUGGAGAAUGUUUUGUGUGAGUGGGCUUUAAUUUUUGAGGUUACAACUUUAGAUAGAGCUGUAAAAUUACGAUUGCAAGAAAUUUCAAAAUCAUUGUUUUUUCUUGUCAUUCAGCAUUUAGAUUUGAAUUUUAAAACGGGAUUUUAGAUGUUCCCAAUGUUUCUUGCCCUUUGAAGAUGGAAUUUUCUACGAAUUUGAAGGCCGAAAGUACUGUGAGCAUGACUUCCAUGUCCUCUACGCUCCUUGUUGCGGAAAAUGCAGUAAGUUUUUUUUACAUUGAUUGUACUUUAAAUUCAGAAAUUUAUGGUUUGUAUAGGCUUUGAUUUUAAUGAAAUUCAAUGUUAAAACACAUUCUGCGUUCUUUCCAGACGAAUUCAUUGUUGGCCGAGUGAUCAAAGCCAUGAACACCAACUGGCAUCCCGAAUGCUUUACGUGUGAGAUGUGUUCCAAGUGUUUGGCUGACAUUGGAUUCCUCCGCAAUGCUGGCCGUGCACUUUGCCGCGAAUGUAACGAGAUCGAAAAGGCUGCAGGCACUGGUCGUUAUGUCUGUCACAAAUGUCAUGCCAUUAUUGAGGAUGAACACAUCAAAUUCAAGGGAGACAGUUACCAUCCUUAUCAUUUCAAGUGCAAACGCUGCGAGUAAGUUGAUGACAUUGGUUGCAAAGCGUAUAUUACGGUAUUACAAGGUAGAAGUUUGAAGUAUGUAAAUUUUUUACUUUCAGAGUUGAGCUGACUAAAGACGCCAGGGAAAUUGGUGGAGAAUUAUAUUGUCUUAGAUGUCACGAUACCAUGGGAAUCCCUAUUUGCGGUGCGUGUCAUCGACCAGUCGAAGAAAGAGUAGUUACAGCAUUGGGAAAGAAUUGGCAUGUUGAAGUAAGCAAUGAGAAUCACACAAAAUUUUUCUUACGAUUAAUCCAAUUUAUCCUUGCAAUUCGAUGAUUUAUUUUAAUUUCUUCAGCACUUCGUCUGUGCCACCUGCGAAAAGCCCUUCAUGGGACACAAACAUUACGAACGAAAGGGCCUGGCAUAUUGCGAACAACAUUUCCAUCUUCUGUUCGGCAAGGUCUGCUUCAGAUGCUCGAAACCAUGUGGUGGGGAGGUGUUCCAGGCGCUCGGAAAAACUUGGUGUGUCAAAUGCUUCAGCUGCACACUCUGCGACAAGAAAUUGGAUCAAAAGUAAGUCAAGGGAAUGUGUUGUCAAAGCGUUAAAGGUAGCCUGUCUUGUUCCUUUGAAACAAAAUUUAAAUGGAGAGUAAACCAAGGCAUUAGAAUUGAUGACGAUCUACUAUAAUGUCAAAUUUCAGAACCAAAUUUUACGAAUUUGACAUGAAACCGACCUGUAAACGAUGCUACGAUCGUUUCCCCACCGAACUCAAGAAACGAAUUUCGGACAACUUGAAGGAACGAGAAGUGGACACGAUCCGACGAAGAAGCGCCUCCCCCGCUCCGACCAAGACCAAAUAA